AUGGCGUUGGAUUCUGCCACCAAAAGUGAGCUCGAGGAGCUUGUGAAAUCAGCCCAAGGCAAAGUUGGGAUAGUUGUUGGUAUGCAACGGCUUCUGACCAGGCUCAGCCAAGUGGGUUUGAUGAGAACUCAAACAAUUGAGCCUGGCUACAUAGGUUGUCACGUGCAAAAUCGUGACGGAUUUGGAAUUGCUCCUCAAGCUUGCCAUCAACUGCUUGAAGACAUUGUCGAGGUUGGCUUUGACCCACGGGAGUGCAAUCCCAUUUGUUGUGAUGUGGACCGCAGUGAUUCGACCAUCUUCGAAUUUAACACGAGGCUUGCGGACAAUUCGUUUGGCUUAUUGCCUCCAAUUUCAAAGCACCAGUUGUGCUAUGCCAGCUUGUCUGCAUCACACACAAAUGCUGCGUUGCGAUGCAUCCUGGCAUCCACACCGCAUGAUGAGAAGAGCAAACUUGUUGUGGAUGGCAAGCUCCAGCUUGAACAAGUGAAGCAGGUCGACUUUGCCAUGUAUGAGGCAGCCACCAAAGGGCUGAGCUGGAGAGUCAUAUCAUCCCAGGCUAUGUCAAUACCAGGGCUAGCUGAUGUGAUUCAAGCUGUGUGCAACACCACAGCUCAGUUGAGUCGCGGCGAAUCUGAGUUUCAGAUCCUCAAACGAGUGUUGAAUUCCAUCAAUGCAAAUGGAGGUGCAGGAACAAACCUCUUGUUUGCCACAGUGAAGCAGUCAAUCAUGAAGACCAAACCGCAGUGUGCGGAGGCAGUGCCUGAGAUGUUCACUUUCCUAGUGCGCUAUGGGGCAUCGAAGCCUUUCCAAGAGCGCAUUUGCAGGAUUGAAGAGCGCAUCAAGGGGUCCAAGGAGAGUCCUCGCAAUCUCGGUGCUGAGUUCUUCCGCUGUUUGUCCAUGGACCACAAGGAUGCACAGCAGGAUGCCUGUGUGCAUUUCAGGCAUGCUGUGUUGUCCCUUGCGUACUGUGGCCAAGACCGCAAGAUGGUCAACGCCAGUGAUGUGCGGCGGGUCACAAGCAAGGAUCCCAAGAUCUUUGGCAAGGUUCUGGACGGCCAAAAGAUCAUCAAAAAAGUCCAGGCUGAUUUCUCAGCCGUCAACCUUGACAGUCUAGAAGCCAAGGUCAGGGCAGAUUGCCUUCAAGCCCUGGAUGAAUUUGAAGAUGCAGUGGUGCUUAUGUGUCUUGAGAAGAAAGCCUCGAUGACCAAUCUCGAGGAAGCUGCGUGUGUGUUGGUCGACAAACUCUUCGAAGUUUCCAAGGUCAAGAUCAGCUCCGACUAUGAUGCCCACCGCAAAACUACAACAACACCACACACUGCUGGGUCUUCGAGAGGUUGUUUGAGCCUGAUCAGGGAAAUGAACUUGGAUGGCCAGCUCCAAGACGAGUGCGCCGUGGUGAGAGACCUCGGCUUUGAUGUGGGCCAAGCAGUUGUUCGCAAGGCGGACAAGAUUAAAGCCGUCAUCACUGGUCUCAGUGGCAAUUUGGUCACCGUCAGUGUGGACGACGGCCCGAUCAGUGGACGCGCCCAGGUUUCAGCUCGGUCCUUUCGUCAGGGUGAAUGGAAAAUUUUGAAGACAGUGCCCGAACCCCCUUUGGAAGUGCCUGAUUGUUCCCUUCAUUCGGCUCUCCACUCCCGAGAGAUGAAGGUCGGAGCAGUUCGCGGCAAGAUCUUCAACAUGCUUUUGAGCUUGGAGAACAAGCACAAGGGAGUUCUAUCAGGGGUCAAAAUGACAAUCAAGCCCCAAAGGGAUGUGGUUGCCACCAGAUUGUUUCAACCAGGAAAGCUGGUCUUGGUGCCUUGCACCUACAAGAUUGAGACUCGCGGCGAGCCAGCCGCAGGGUCGAUUUGUUUGGGUGUGAUUGACGGGAUCAAGUUCCAGCUGGGAUCGUGCUACCAGGGACCGGACAAGGAUGGUAGCCUUGACCAGGCCUAUCUCCAGCCUUUUUGGUCAGUGAGGGUAACUCAUGAAGCUGCUAAAGCCAACGUAGAGCUUUCUCCAAUGCUUUCUUGCGAUGAGAACAAUGACAAAAUCAAGGUUCCGCUGUUUCAAAAUACAAAGGAUAUUUAUGUAGAUGAUGUUCUAUUGCAGUUUGUCCCAAAGAAAGAAAAAACUGUGAGCGUAGAGCCAUUGGUCCCCCUGCCGGAGCCGGCCAAACGCAGAAGGACUAAGUCAAAGGAAUGA